AUGCUGUACAUGUGGCCAUACGCCUGCAUCCCACUGGCGUUUUCGAUCGACAGCAAACUCCGCGCAAGGUGGCUCCUGGAGGACGUCUCCAAGCCCGCCUCGGGGUACAGAUUCAGAGGAGCCAACAUACAGAUGGUCUUGACGUCGAGAGUGAAGAACGAGGCCGAGGAGCCGCACGAGCACACGCACGGCCGUUCGAGGAUGUUGGAUUGCACCAACCUCUGGCCGUUGGCCGUGGUCGGCCCUGCCCUGUUCGUCUUCGCAGCGGAGUGGAGCUCUGGCGUUGUAUCGGUGCUGCUUGUAUGCACGCCAUUUGUGUUUUUGACGCUGUUUUCGCUCACGCUGAACCAGGUAACGAUUUUGGUGAGCCUUUUGGCGUCCCCGGUAGUAUCUAUUAUCUACGCCAUCAUAAACCGCGGCCCGGGGAACAACCUGGUUCGCUCGGUGCUGUGGUCACAGGCCUUCAUCGCGCUUACGGCCGUGUCGUUGGCAUGGAGCGUGCACGGGGUAAUCACCCUACGCAAGACAGCCAACGCUGCCGCCGUAGCAGUUGCAGCUUCCUCAGACCCCAACGGCAUCGACAACGGCAACAUCAAUGACCCAAGCACCGCCGACAACGGCGAUGGUAUUGACGACGACGACCAGCUGGAGGUUUCACAACGAACGAUGGCGCAGGCGGAAACGCCCACGCACCUUCCUCCGGAGACUUGCAUCCUCAAGGCCGCGGAGGCAAUCCUAUCUGGACACCCGGGCUGUGUCGACGAUGAAUACGCGGCCCUGGCGGCCCUCACCAAGACGGUGAGACAGGCUCAGCUCCACGGCUUGACAGUAGACACACCCGUGCUGCAGACAGCACAUUCGCUUCACGCGUGGAGCAAGGUGAUUUCGCACCAGGGAGAAGUGGAGCGGGACAUACGCGAGACCGAUCGCUGGGGUGUGCUCGAAGAAAAGCUCAUCAGCAUGAACGCUGGCAUGCCUUCCAUGGUCGGCAUCAUUCAGGGACUCCUGCUUGCCAUGUCGCAGCUGGAGGAAAGUGACGCCUACGGAAGCGGCCCCGUCGGGGCAACCUUCUACUUCUCGCUCAUCGCUUUCGCGGCCUCGAUCAUAGCUUCCACCGUGCUGUUGGCCCGGAUGCUGACGCUGAUCCACGGGGCCGCCCAAGGGCUCGCCAGCGCCGUAAAGAAGACCGACACCGCCAUGGAAGCAUUCGUGGAUCUGAGGAGCUGGGGCAUUCUCAGGCACGGGGAAGUCGGCUGCCUCACACACAUUGCGGCGGGCCGGGGGAUGGUCAGGGCUCUCGAUUUUCUCGUGAAGAAUGGAGCUAACCCUUCCGCGGUGGACUCAACCGGCCAGACACCCCUGGACAUCGCCGAAGAAUCCGGAAUGAAGGAAGCUUGUGCGUACCUCCAGGGAGUCAUCAGUAGUUCCAGCCAACAACGGGAGGGCGGCUUGUUAUCAACACCCAUAGCCCGCAUGCUCAAAACGAAGGUCGACCGAGCGAGGUCGCCGCGGUCCCCUCCUAGGAAGGCGAGCGGCGACAAGAUCAGGGGAGCCCAAGGGGAUACCCGUGAGCGCCCCCUGGUCCACGGGUGGAGACAGGUCCGAAAAGUGGCGGGAUCAGCGGCACGGUGGAUCGGCAUGUCCGAAAUGGUUUCAGCGCGGAGGGCAAGCGGUAGGGUCGGCAUUGCGGUAGGGGCUACCUCCGCCGACCCCGCGCUCCGUGAAACUACGUCUCAGCCGACAACCGAGGCAUCAGCCGCGCUGGGGUUACCCCCCGCCCUCUCGAUCUCGUACUCCCGGGAUCGGUGCGAAGAUGGCGAGAAUGGCGGGGUCCCAGCUCUGGUGGGUUCCUCCCCGUCCUCCUCAGCGCACUUGCCCUCCUCGUUUUCGUCCCAGGCUGGACACGAAGACAAUGAUAAAAGAAAUAGACAUGUUUCGCCCUCUUCGAUGACACCAGUUACCAUUGCAACAUCACCAGCCGCAGGUAUUUGUCGAGAAGGGGUGGGGGAUACUGGUGGGACGACGCUUUCGCCAGGACGGGAAGUUGUUCGUCGUAGAGCCUCGGAUGCGAUCCCGGGCGGGGACUUGAUUUAUGACCAACUUGAAAUGGAUUACGAUGAAUCUGAACAACCUACAUCCGAAAAGCCUAGACGGCGACCGUCUUUAAGCACCCCAAGGAGCAACGGGAGGCAGCAGGGUGGGACACACAUGGCAGGGGGUGGAGAAGCGGAGGGGGGAGAGGAAACGACGGCGGGAGGAGGAACCGGCGGAAUUGACACCGGUGCUUGUGUUGGAGGCAAUCGGGUUCGCGGAAGAUUAGAGGAUGGCGCUAAUGCGUCUAGAGUGCAGGAGGAGAGUGACGAGGCGGGAGAGCGGAGGGUAGAGAGCGGAUCAUCUCGCCCGGCACCCCGGCGAUCGAGCGUGUGGAGCCGCCUGUCUGCGAGCAUUUCGCUGCUGUUGCAACAAAGUUUUUCCGGCGACAAGGGGACGCACGGCGGAGGCGAGGGCGGCGCGAGCGCUAGAUCCCCCCGAUCAGAAACCGAACUAGCAACGACGGUGACCGAGGCGUUCUUGAGGUCCCCUUCCUCGCCCUUGUCCACCACUUUGAGACGCCGGCUGAGCUCCACGAGGGCGACGUCGGGGCUCAAGAACGCAGCCGCUGCUGACAACGGAGGGAAAGUAGCGACCUAUUCCCCGACGCAAGCGGUGCUGAAUAUCACCUGGGCGCUCCGCCGACUGCGGCCGCUCGGCACCCCCCGGGAGCGACGCGCGGCGUUCGAGGGCCUCCGGGAGUCCAGCCCAGUCCACAUCCCCCAGAUGUACCUCUUGGCCUUCGUCGACUUGGCGGAGCUCGGCGAGAUUCCACAGCGAACGGGGUACCGGUUCUUAGGGCACGGGUCCAAGAGGCCGUUGGCGGUGCGCGAGCUGAUGGCGAGAGCGGACAAAUCUGGGGAAGAUCCCAUCGUGGUGUAUGUGUCUCACCGGUGGCUGGAGCCUGACUUUAAGAACCCCGAUGACCACAGCAAGGCCCGAUUUUACCAGGUAUGCUACUUGGUCCAGAAGCUGGCAAAACGGCUGGGUCGUAAUCCGUACGAGUUAUACCUGUGGAUCGAUUACGCUUGCAUAAAUCAACAGAACCCCUCCGCAGAUCGUCUGGCGCUCCCGUUCGUGCUAGACUCCUGCGACUUUAUGGUGUACGUAGAAGACGACGAGUACUGGGACCAGGCCCUCUCAAGGACGGAGCACUUUCUGUUCCACAAGCUGCGCCGGCUGCGGCCGCCGGCGAACGGCGCCAGCGCCUACGAGGAGGACGUGUUCAGUCUGAGCGCCGACGGGGAGAAGCUGACGCAGAGAACCUACGCGGAAACCCGUGCAAGGUUUACGCACAACCCCGCCAAAGGCUCCCUCACCACGGAGACGGACCGCCUGUACCUCUGGACACUGGUGCUUGCCCUAGAGUACGAGGAUUGUUACAGCUUCACGGCCAACCUGCCGCACCAGGACGAGACGGGAUUCAUGAAGCUCCUCCGUGAGGCAGUGUUCGUCAAUAGUUGCAUGGACCCUAGGCAGGCAGCUGCGGAGAUCGCUGACCGUGACGCUCAGAUGCGCGCUGAUGCGGCGGGCUCGACUACCGAGCAGGGGAGAGAAGGACGGGGGGAGGGGAGAGCGACGAUGGUGCAGAAGGAACCGCGAAAAGGACGGCCGCCUAGAGAAGGGGCAGCAAGAGUGGUCGUAGCAACGGUCGACGGGGCAGUAGAGGCAGGAGAGGAGGUUGAUAGAGGGAUGCAUACCCCUUAUAGACACCACCGAAGCGGCGACGACGACGGGGGGCAAGGCAGUACCAACGGCAGCACCAACGGCAGCGAUAGCGACAUCCACAACGCUGGUGAUCACCAGGAGGGCUUUUCCGGGCUGGAUAUGGGGGGUUCUGGGAAUGACAAGCACAAGGAUCGAGAUGAUGGUAGAAGUGUGAGCGCACGCGACGAGCCUCGCAAUGAGGCACGAUCAAGGCCUUCGACAGAUGGCGGCCGUAAGGGGGGCGACAUAGAAACAGGGGAAGGCGUGGACGUCUUUAAACGCGAGAUGUAA